UGUCCGUCCGCAUCUCCUCCCCCCCCCCCCCCCUCCCGGAGCACGCAAGGAGAUCGACUUCGCCGCGCCGGCUCGCCGGCGACGACAUCCACCCACAGAGUGGUGGUGCGUAUAAUGAACAAAGGCAGCAUCCACAAAAAGGAGACGCACGGGACAAGCGACGACAUAAGCGAGGACACGUCUGUGGAGAAGGUCAGGGGGCCCAAUCUGUUUGAACGGGCCAAGGAAGAGAUUGAGGCUCUUGUGGCGUCUGUUCACGAUAAGAUGGAGCACCAUUCCAGUCCCUGCAGGAAGGAGGGUGAAUUGCACAAGGAUUCCAAGGAACACAGUGAGGCAGACAUGCAUAAGAAGACCCACGAGAACGAAACACAUGGUACAAGCAAUGAUAUAAGCGAGGACACGCCGGUCAACAAAGUCAAAGGCCCGAACGUGUUUGAACGGGCCAAGGAAGAGAUCGAAGCUAUCGUUGAGGCCAUCCAUCCAAAGAAAGAAUCCGACAAGAAGUGAAGAUUGAGCGCAUCGUGUACAUUGUGUCUUCAGUAUUUUCAGUGGCUGUGAAAAGUACGUGGGCUAUGUCCAGGUGGAUGCAUUAUUUGCAUCAUAUCCACACGCAAGCUUUGUAUUUUGCAUUGCCAAAUUCUAUGGCUGCAAGAGCUGAAUGUUUCAUCGUAUCGCCGCUGCCUACGGUUGAGCAGAAGCUGUAUAAAAUGUGACAUGACUGUACAACUACUUUGUUGUGUUUGAAUUGCCAAGAAGCUGUAUGCAAAAUAUCA